AUGAAAGAAUGUAAGAAAAGAAAAAACUUGAAAACAUAUAAAUAUAAUAAUUAUAAAAAUAUAGAUGAAACAUAUAAAAAAAAUGAUAAUAUUUAUAAAAUUUUGUUAAAGGAAGGAAUAAAUUAUAUUGAAAAUGAAAAUAAUAAAAUAAUUAAAAAUGAUAUGUAUAUAUAUACUUUAUUUUUUAAUCAUAUAAAGGAGGAUAAGAACAAAACUAUAAUCUAUAAUGAAGAGAAAUGUGAAAAAGAAAAAAGAAAAAAAUUACACAAUACACUAUUAUAUUUAUCAACUAUAGAACAUAAAAGAAAUUCUUAUAAUAUACCCAUAUAUAUAUCACACAAGUAUAAGAAAACAAAAUAUCUAUUUUUAAAACAUAAAAUUUUUAAGAAGAGAAAAAAAAAAAAUAAUAAUAAAAUAAAAAAUAAAAUAAAACAAGAAAAAAGACAAAUAAAUAAUGUCUUAAAUUAUAUACUUCCUCUUAACCAAAUGAAAAAAACAAAUGUAGACUUAAAUUUUUUUACAAAUAAAUCUGUAGAAUAUAAUAGUUUCACAAAGUUGUUUUUUAAUAACUAUGAUAAGGAUAAUUAUAUAAUUUAUAAUAAAAAUGUUUGUAAAAAAUUUAUUCACUCGCAAAGUAUCUCAGCGGCAUUGCAUAGUUCGACACGUACGGCAUCUUUUGAUCAUAUGAAUGGUAAUAUAUGUGAUGAUAUGUAUGACAAUAUUGGUAGUCACUAUUCUAAAGAUAAUAUAUCUACAAAAAAUUAUGAACCCUUUUAUAAAAAGCGAAAAAAUAUAAAAAAUGAUAAAAAAAUAAGCAAACAAACAAUUAAUAGAGAAGGAAGAAAAGUAUCACCUUUGGAGAUCAAUAAAAAUGAUAUCCUUAAUAAUUCCAAAGAUAAGAAAAAAUUGGAUCAUUUAAAAGAUUAUCUUUUUUGUGAGAAUGAAGAUAAUAUUUUUCAUGAAACAAAAAGUAUGGAAUAUUCUAGACUUAACUCCUUUCAUCAAAAUGGAAAAGAUAAAAAACAAAAAAUAAAAAAAAAUAAAAUAAUUAAUAAAAAUAAUAUAUGUGAUAAGAAUAUAUCUAGUAGUAAGGAUAAUAUACGCCUUAUUGAGAGAAUAAAAAAUGAUAAUAAAUAUUAUACUUCAAAUAAUAUGUUAUCUUAUCAAUAUAACAAUGUUCCUUUUAUUAGUCAUAUUUGUCAAUAUAAAUCUGAGGAAAGUGAAAAAACAAAUUCACAAAAUGAUAUAAAUAAAAACGAUUAUCACUAUAAUGAUAAUUAUUAUAAUGUAUUAAGAAAUGAAAAAAGAAACAGAAAAAAUAAAAAAGAUAAAAAGAAUGAUAUCAUAAGAAAUUAUAAAAAUGCCUAUACCCAAACUGAUUUUAUAGAUAAAGAAAAAUGUGUAAAUAUAUCAAAUGAAAAAAAUAUAAUGAUAAAGAAUAAAAUUAACAUACAUAAUAAUAAUAAUAAAAAAAAUGUGAAUAUGAUUGGAGAAUUAAAAAAUAUUGAAAAUAAUGCAUAUAUAAAAAAUAUUUACAAUAAUAAGAAUGUGUUCCAGAAAAAAACAGAAAAAUAUAUUUCAUCAAAUGAAGAUAAUAAUUCAUUUAGUAAACAAAAUGAAUCAAGUAUUUCAAAUGAGAAAUAUAAUUUUAUAAAUACAACAUGUAUGUAUGAUAAAUAUCAAGAGCAAUUUAGUAGACUGGUUAAGACACCUCACAACAAAAAGAAACAUCCAAAGGUUAAGAUAAAAAAUGAUAAUAUACAAAAUGAUAAUAUGCAAAAUGAUAAUAUACAAAAUGAUAAUAUGCAAAAUAAUAAUAUACAAAAUAAUAAUAUGCAAAAUAAUAAUAUACAAAAUAACAAUAUUUAUAAUAAUAAUGUGAAUAAUCAUAAUAGUUAUGAUUAUAAUUAUUAUAAUAAUGUUUAUGGAUUCUGUGAGACCCUAAAAUUUAUGAAAUAUAGAGAACUACUAAGAAAAUAUAUGGGGACAUUUUAUAAUUAUAGUUCAUUAAAAUGUGCUAGCUAUAUUAUUAUUUAUUCAUUAAUAGUAAAGAUUAUUACACAAAUAUCAAAAAAUAUAACAACUUCUAAUUUGUCUAGUGAUACAAAUGAUAUGAAUCUUAUUAAUGGAAAUAAAUUAAAUACAAAUUUAUUUUUAAAUAUAUAUGAUGCUGAUGGCAUUAUUCAAAGUAUAUGUUAUAUUGUUUUAUUAAUAUGUAUUAUAUUAUUAAUAAAAUUAGGGAUACCAUCAACUUAUUUAUUGGCUGGUAGGUUAACUAUAUUGUUUAUGUUUUUGUUUGUUAUACAAAUACCUAUAAUGAUAUAUGCAAAUUUUCUUUUUUUAAAACAGGAAUCUACAAAUGUAAGUAAUAUGAAUAAUAUGAAUAAUAUGAAAAAUAAUGAUAAUAUGAAUAAUAUGAAUAAUAUGAAUAAUAAUGAUAAUAUUAAUAAUAAUAAUAAUUAUUAUUAUUAUUAUAAAAUGGGUGUGAAAUAUAUUUAUGAUAGAAAAAAAGAUUAUUUUAAUUUACAAUUACAAAAAUUAUGGUCUAUAUUUUAUAUAGAUACUAUGAAUUUAUUAAUAUAUACAAUACUGAUAACAUUUGUAUCCUUAUAUGCUACAUAUCAUAAAUUAAUAUAUCCGCAUUUAUUAAAAUUUUAUCUAGAUCACUUUUUCUUAAGUUCAUAUUCAAUUGUGAAAAAAGAAAUAAUUCAUUUUAGAGUACCUAAUAAUAUUGAUGCAUAUUAUCUAAAUAAAAUGAAUAGUUAUUUAUUUAAUACGUUGUAUAAAAAACAACAAUAUGGUUAUAAAGAAAAUAUAGAAAGUACUACUAGAAGAGCAAUAGGUUAUAAUAUAGUUAUUAAAAAGGAAAAAUGUUCUUUUUUCUUUAACCUAUUUACAAAAAAUGUAUCAAAUAAAAUUUUCAGAUUGAGGAAUGAUAAUAAAAAUCUGAAUUUCUAUAUUAUUUUCUAUAUAGGUGAAUUAGAUAAAAAAGGAAGACCACAUGGAUUUGGUUAUUGGAGAGGUAUAAAUUUGGAGGGAGAAGUAUUAAUUGGAUAUUGGUAUCAUGGAAUACCUGUAGGUCCAUUCAAAUGUAGAGAUUUUAAAACAGGUUCUGGUUUUAUGUGUAUAAAAAUUGGUUAUGGAAAAACUAACUGUGAGCUCAACGACUUGGAGAUAGGUCUGGCAGACACCGAAUGCUGUGUUAGCGGGGCCUUCUACAGAACCUUCCCUAGGGUAAUCUUUUACAACCUAAACCUAACUAAUAAUAACUCUAAAAAUAGAAAAAACGAAAGCAACCAUGGAAUUUUUGAAAAAAGAGAAUGUUGUGAAUAUUUAAUCAUAAAUAAAGCUAGUAAUGAUAUACUUCGUGUUGAUUAUAACAAGCUUUUAAGUGACGAAGAGGAAGAGAAACAAGAAGAAAAACACAAUGAACAGAACGAAAACACAAUUGAUAAUGAUAAAUAUGAUAUAUAUGAUAAUAAUAAUAUUAAUAAUAUUAAUAAUCAUGAUGAUCAUCUUAGUGUUAAACAUCCAAAUGAUACACAAAAAGAAAAUAAAAUCUAUGAUAACAAAGAAAUCAUUUUAAACAUCCCUAGUAAUUAUAAAAGAGAUGACGUAUUCCCCUCGCCAUUUUUAAAUGAUGACAUAUGCCCUUCGCCAUUUUUAAAUGAUGACAUAUUAUUAAAAAAAGAUAUUCUUAAUUACGACGAUAUAUGUGAUUUAAGUUAUAGUAUACAAAAUGAAAUACAUUCAACAUUUAAUAAAAAUAUAGAAACAAACAAUACUAAUAUAAAUAUUUAUGAAAACAAAAGCUGGCUUACAAAUAAUAUUUCAUAUAAUAAUUCCUUUGAUAAAGAUAAUACUAAUUUCUUAUGUGAUAUGAAUAUUGCUAUAAAGGAAGACAAGCAAAAUAUAUCUAUCUCUUCCAAUGAUGAUACAGAUGAAAAUAAUUUAACAAACUUACCUACAAAUAAACUUUCUAGUGAUGAAAAAAAAAAGAAUUUUCUUAAUGUAUCGAAAAUUACAAGUCAUAAUAAUAUGAAUAAAUUAAAUGAUAAUAUAAAAGAUAUUUCCUUCAAGCCAAUUUUGAAAAAUAAAAAUGAAUUAAUAAAAAUUGAAGAAGUAAAAGAACAUGGAUUAUUAUAUGAACAAGGCAGCUUUAAUUCACAGCAAAAUGAAACAUCUCAUAAAAAUGUUAAAGGAGAAAAAAAAGAAAAAAAAAAAAAAAAUAUUUAUGUUCAUAAAGAGGGAUUAUUUUCAAAACCUAAGAUGAUAAAGUAUUCAAAAGAAAAAAUUACAGGACAGAAUAAAAUAGAUGAUGAGGAGCAGGAAAGUGAGGAUAAACAUAGAAAUUCAUCCAAGAAAAAGUUAUACAAUAUAAUUAAGAGAAAAAUAUCUACUAAAAAUAAAAAGAAGCAAAUACUAAACAUUGGGAAGAAAAAGGAUAAUGCAUAUAUAAAUGAACCUGAAAUAUCAAAAAGAAAGGAUGUUGAUAUGAAUUUAUUGAGGAGUUCUUAUGAGGAGGAUCAAUAUAGAAGAAGAAGAAAAAAAAAAAAUAAAAAUAAAAUAAAAAAUAAAGACAAAGAAAAUAGUAUAACCAAUAGAAAUAAUGAAAUGCAACAAAAUGAAUAUGACCAUAAUUAUGAUAAGGAAGAAAAUGAAGACGAUGAAGAAUCUUUAGGUAUAUUAUAUAACAAGUUGGUAAAGGAAAAUAUACAUGAAAACAAUAAUUAUAAUGCUGACUUAAAGGAUGAUACAAGGAAAAUAAAGAAACAUAUAGGAUAUAGUAUGACUAACAAUAUUUUAGACUUUAAAAGAUUUAGAGGUUUCAAAAGGAGAAAAAAAAAAACAAAAAAGAAAAAAAAAAGUCAUGAUGAUAUAAACAUGAAAAGUUAUGGUAAUAGCAAAGACAAUAAUAAUGAUAAUAAUAAUAAUAAUAAUAAUAAGUAUAAUAAAUAUUUUCAUUUUAAUAAAAUAUACAAAAUAAAAAAUAAUAGACGAAGGAGGGCAUUUUUACCAAAAGCUUUAUCAGGUACAUUACCAAAAUUAAAAAGGAAAAAGAAAGGUAGAAGAUUAUUAUUUUCUGAUACUAUAACAAAUGUAUAUCAAACUAAAUGUAUGAAUAUAAUACUACAAAAUUUAUGUCCACAUAUGCCAAACUUUGGUAUAAUAUAUAAUACAGAUUUACAUAUAUCAAUAGAUGCUGAAAGAGGAUUAUAUAUUACUGGUUAUAUUAAUAAAAAAAAUUAUAAUUUUUUAACAAGUAGAAAUACAAAAGACAAUUUUGAAGAUAAUGAAGUGAAAAUAAAAAUUAUAAAAAAAAGAAAAAAUAUAAAUAAUAAUACAUUUAAUCAUAAUAAAUAUAAUGAUAAACAUAUAUACUCAUGGAUAGAUGAUAUUAAAGAAUUAAGUUUAGAUGGAUGGGUUAAAUGUGAAUUAGCUGGAUGCUUAGAAGCAGUCAUUUUUAUACAUGGAUAUAAUACAAGUCAUUUAGAAGCUUUACAAAUUUUAGGACAAAUGGCUUCUUUUGGUAAUUUUCCUAACUACAUAAAACUUUUCUUAUUUAAUUGGCCUUCUGGAAAAAAUCUUCUAGAAUUUUUUAUAGCAAAGGAUAAUUCACAAAACAAGAAGGUCCACCAUGCCUUUAAAUCAUUUCUGGAUACACUAAGAAAUAAUGGCAUAAGGCAAAUACACAUUAUCACACACAGCAUGGGAACAAGGAUGUUCCUACUAGCCUUUCACGAUAUCGUAAGUAGCGAUUUAUUUUCAACUAUUGAAGAAAAGGAGAAAGAUGAAAAAUAUCAAAAUAAAAUGAAACUAAUAACAUUAACUAUGAUGAACCCUGAAUAUUAUUUAAGCGAUUUUGUAAAUAAAGAAUAUAUAUUUCUUCGCUCAUUCUGUACAGUUAUUUCAAUAUAUUGUGAUUCAAAUGAUAAAGCAUUAAAAUGGGCAGAAAUUUUUAGUGGCACUAAAUCAUUAGGGAAAAAUGUAUUCGAUUUAAAUAUAAAUAAAGAAGAUAUUUCUAAAAAAUAUAAUGGGCAAGGUGCCAAUUAUUUAUUUGACAGUAACCAAUUAGAUUAUUAUUCUAUUCCUAUGGAAAAUAAUAAUAAAAUUCAUAAUAAAAAAUAUAUGAAUAUAGAAAAAAAUACAAAUGAUAAAAUAGAUUAUAACAUAGAUCAUAAUAUUAUAUCAUCAUUUUUUGAUUGCGAAAAUUUAGAAAUUACAAAUAACAAAAAAAAAAAGUCAAAAUUCAAAAUCAGCAUAGCAGAAAAGUUAAGAACACUUGUUUAUUUUUUUUUUGGAAAAAAAUAUAUAAAAAAUAAAACUUAUAUGAAUGAACAUAAUUCAUUACAAAAAAAUGACAAUGACAAUGAUGAUGAUGAUGAAGAUAUUUGUUCUUUAAAUAAAGAUAAAACACAAAAUAUUUUACACCAACCACCUAUGUUUAGAAAUACAUUACUAGUAUUUACUGGGAUAGAACCUACUUACUGUUAUAAAGAUAAUCGUGAUUGGCUAGAUGUAGAUGUCAUUGAUACUACUUGGUUAGGUUCAAAUGUACACACAUUGAGACAUUCUUAUUGGUCAUUAAAUAGGGAAAUUAUUGAAGAUAUAAGAGAAUUAAUAGUUACUAGAAAAAGAGCAAGACAAAGGACAUCUCGAUUAGAUAGAAGAGAAGGGAAUGUAUGGGUAUAUCGUGUAGCACCAUCUCAUUUAAAAUCAAUAUUUGAUUCGGACAUAUAA